AUGACAUCAUUUGAUAUUGCAAUGGCAAUGGGUGGCUCUGAAGCCAUGGUGGAGAGUUUUUAUAUCGUUAUGGAUACGCAGAAGCAGGUCCGUCAGCAUCAUGUGACCUUGGAAGAUAGGACCAUUCUAGAUUGGGCCACAAGCAAUGUUUUGAAUUCAGAAGAUAUUAUCGCAAAAGCAGCCAAAUUCUACGUCGAUGGAAGCAUGGCAGAACCUCGACUUUCUCGUCAUAGGGUUGGUAAUUUGAAGAGGAAAUCAUGCAACUCUUACAAAGCAAGUCGGGUUUUAACACGUCUGUGUCAAGAAAAAGGACGUUAUCCAUUUUUGUCAUGA